GGUCCAAGUUGUCUCGUCGAAUGUUCCAUAGCGAUGGAGAAGUUGAUGGAGUCCUUGUUGAGCAUUAUUCCCAAUGAGACCCUCUUCUACGGCGACAAGCUGUCAAAUACCAGCAUGCGUACUAUCUGUUACGAGGUGAACUCCUGACCUUAAUGCUAUUUACAGCCACACUGAUGUCACAUAUGCGCAUCCGGAUUCACGUAGAGGAUACUCAUACCUGGAGCUAUACUUACGCAUGGGUGAAUCCCGACGACGUUCCCAUAUGCGAGAUCAUUACUGCCAAUUCCAAACAUCUGCAACAAGCAGCAAUUACGGCUGGGCAAGAUGUCGGAAAUGUGGUCAUGUAUCCCAACCAUGCAUCUCCUUUUACAUCUUUAGAGGACAUCUAUGGAGAAAAUCUUGUCCAUCUACGGGAUAUCAAGAAGGCUGUUGAUCAAGACACCGUGAUAAGGAUUUCUGGAGGAUGGGAACUGUAGAUCAUCAGAAUUGCA